CAGCUCCUCUGUUGACUUUAUGCCGUAGCUAGGCUAGCUACCUGUGAUAAACUUCGGUAAAGUGGCCUGCUGAUCAUUUGUUAACCACAGAGCUGGUGCGCUUACUCCAGGACAAUUCAGGGUCUAAAGAAGACAGGAUGUCGAAUGAUCUUGCUGGUGUGUGGGAGGUGGCAUUGAGUGAUGGAGUCCACAGGAUAGAGUUUGAGCAUGGCACGACCACCGGAAAGAGGGUCAUCUACGUUGAUGGGAAGGAGAUCCUGAGACGGGACUGGAUGUUCAAGCUUGUGGGGAAGGAGACAUUCAGUGUGGGCAAAUCAGACACCAAAGCAACCAUCAACAUUGAUGCAGUCAGUGGUUUUGCCUAUGAGUACACCUUGGAGAUCAACGGGAAGAGCCUGAAGAAGUACAUGGAGAACAGAUCAAAGGUCACCAGCACUUGGGUUCUCAACUUGGACGGCAUUGACUGCAGGGUGGUCCUAGAGAAAGACACCAUGGAUGUUUGGUGUAAUGGACAAAAUAUUGAGACCGCAGGGGAGUUUGUAGAUGAUGGCACAGAAACACAUUUCACGCUCGGAGACCACAACUGCUGCGUGAAGGCUGUGAGCAGCGGGAAGAGACGAGACGGGAUCAUUCACACGCUGCUCGUGGAUGGCACAGAGAUAGCUGAAUGCACUGAGUGACGACAUACUCGUGCUGCGGAAGCAGAGAUCUGGUUUGUAGGUGGGACUCUUGGUGUCUUUGAAGAGUAGACGAAUGUUAUUUAAAGCUGUUGGAGUCAGGGACCAACUGACAGGAAUAUUCACUCCUGUGUUUGGAUGGCCAUACUCUGGGGGGUUUAUUAGCCAUACACUGGUACUGUAGUUAAUAUAGUAUGAGUUAAAGACAGGGCCUGCGGUCUGGGCAGUUGUAGAGAGGGCACUGCCAUAACUUUCAGUCAGAUUUUACUGUCUCAAAAUGUGACUUCACACUGAAAAACUUUUUGAGUUGCAAACAUGUACUUUACUGUGAUAUAAAUGCUACAAACUUCAGUAUAUUGGUGGCCAGAUGUGCCAUAUUUAACUCAGCCUGGCUUUGCCCUCUGCUCAUUAACAUGAGCAGAGGUGUUCUGACUGCUGUCUGACUGUCAUUUUGUAGAAAACAACCCACUUUACAAACAGCCAGGCCCAGUAAACCCCAGACGCAACCUGUUCUCCUUCUCUUUGUGCUUGCUUUCUUGUAUUUUUCGUGCAGUACAAGAAUCAAAUAUCAAGAUACAAGAUUAUUCCUUGAAUGUAGCAUCAUUCUAGUGUGCACUGCUCAGGAGUGAUCUUUGUUUAGUCUUAUGUUGACGUGUUAAAUGGUCUGUCUAUGAUUGGUUCAGCCAGUUGAUAUGUGUAAUUAGCUUUUAGCAGAACUGCUGUAGAUGUGUCAAAGCAUCUUUGUCUACAAUUUAAUAGCUAUAACGAUUUCACUGACAAUCAUUCAGAUGUGGCAACAUUAUUGCCAGUAAUAAAUCUCAUACACAGCUACAGUAAAUCACUUGCUGAUAUCCAAACAUACUUUGGAGACUCCCUGUCGUCCGCAGAGAUGUGUGGAGUUCUGUUGUGCUGUGUAAUUAUCAGUCUGUUUUCUAUGUUAGGCCAGAUGUUGUGCUUGCACAGAAUUUAAGAUAAACGUUUUUAUAAAGUCAUUGUUAGAAACGAAAGAUGAAAAAUGUCUCCAAUGUAUCUCAAAUGUUUGUUUACAUUUUGCAAAGAGAGAGAUUUACUAUUUAUUGUGCACUGGUAAAAUACAGCACAGACACUUUCCAGUAACAGUUUUGUGCUUUGAACUUAAAGAUGGUUAGAGUCGUUCUGGAGAAAGGUUAAUAACUGCCAUCUCCUUCACAAUGUGAUUACACCUUAGCAUGCCAGAGCAUGCCGUCCCUGUCGCUCCUUUUUUCCCCUCCCCUUCUAAAACAAACAGGGCUUUUUUGCAGCACACACACAGAACGCACAAAUUGCAGACCAUAACAAACUAUUUCUUAAUUUUAAAUUAAAAAUAUUAACGUUUCUCCAAAAUGACUCACCCCACCUUUAAUUCAGGAUCCACCCAACUGUCAAAGUCUCCAUGCCAACUGAGUAAACUUCAUCCACUGUAGAUUGCAAGAUGCAGCUGAAAGCUCCAGUAGAAGCUACUUAAUGGACCUCUAGUUAAGUUUUUUUUUUUGUUAAGCUAUUUCCAAGCUCAAGGAUGAACUUUCAUGCUCAACAGACUGUGAUUUCUAACAUUUGUGUUAUUGUGUUAUUAAAAAUAUGUCUUUCAUAUGUUAAGCAUUUAUUUCAUUUUAUUUUACUGUUAUU